UCGGCAUUUCCCCUUAGGUAUUGUCGCAUUGUGCUCACCUGCUCACCCAGGGACCCUCUGACCCGUCCAGCAGCUUUUGGGCCUCUCCCGCAGCUCAAAACCGUCGAUUUUCGCCGCCUACACCUCCAUUAAAAAAUGUCGGUUAAUAAUAAGCUGUUGUCUCCUGGGUUAAUAACCCAGUCAAUAACUGGCCGGAUAGUUUUUCACUGCACCUUUCUUACAUGGAGCAAGUACUUCCACCGAUACUCGGUACCGAAUUUCUGACAAAUGCUGAGACGCGAUUCAGCGCUAAUUUGAUCUCUGUGAGGCCUCGCAAGGGAACCACAAGUUAAAAUGCCAUGCAUACUUCCUCCUGGGCUUGAAGGAAACCUUGUAGAAUAUGUUCAAGGGGGAGAAGGAGGCUGGCUGUCAUUCGACCAGAAGCGAUUCUAUACCAACGCGUUCGUCAUCCAGGACGAUAAGAUCCUUCUCGGUUUGAAGAAACGUGGAUUUGGCAUCAACAAGUACAAUGGGUUUGGUGGCAAGGUGGAACCAGGAGAGACGCUCAUCGAAGCUGCGAUGCGCGAACUCAAAGAAGAAGCCGGCAUCGAUGCGCCCCUCGAGCACGCAGGAUCAUUGCUGUUCAUGACGAAAGGCGCUGGAUGGGCUUUCCAGAUCGAGAUAUUUUCCGCCCACUCAUACUCAGGAACACCUACAGAGUCAGACGAAAUGCGACCGGAGUGGUUUUCAUUCGCGUCAACCGCGUCUAACGCAGACGCAAAGGUGCCACCGAUCCCGUAUGAAACGAUGUGGGAUAGUGAUGUUUACUGGCUGCCCCUCCUGGUGCAAGGGCGGAAGUUUGUUGGCCGGGUUGAUUGUGUAACGCAAGACGAUGGCGAAUUCGCGAUGACGAGGCACUGGUUUGGCACUGUUAUUUUAGAGAAAUCUGCAAGGGCCAGUCACUAAGAUGAUACUACCAAUCCAAA